AGUAGUUGGCGGUGUACGCACCUUUCAGUUGGUUGCGAUCAGCCAAUACAAAUUCAAAGAAGAAGAAAUUCGCAAUCUUUGUUUUGCGGUUCCGCUUUGUAGGAUCUCUAGCCCAGACAGGAGCCACGCCGAACACACGACUACAAAAGACAUCAAGCCAGGGCUGACGGAUCAUAAAAUAACCAUGGCAGAUGGAGAGGGAUUUGUGGUGCGUAUUCGUGGCCUUCCCUGGUCUUGCGCUGUGGAUGAAGUGGCAAGAUUUUUCUCUGAUUGUAAAGUUGCAAACAAUGGAACAAGCAUCCAUUUCACCUACACUCGUGAGGGUAGGCCUAGCGGCGAGGCCUUCGUAGAGCUGGAGUCAGAGGACGACCUCAAGAUUGCUGUCAAGAAAGACCGAGAGACCCUGGGUCACCGAUAUGUGGAAGUAUUCAAGUCGAACAACGUGGAGAUGGACUGGGUCAUGAAGCACACCGGUCCAAACAGCCCAGAGACUGAGGGGGACGGGCUUGUGAGGCUGCGUGGCCUUCCCUUCGGCUGUAGCAAGGAGGAGAUUGUCCAGUUCUUCUUAGGGUUGGAAAUCGUGCCAAAUGGGAUAACAUUGCCGAUGGACUUCCAGGGGAGGAGUACGGGGGAGGCCUUCGUGCAGUUUGCUUCACAGGAUAUAGCUGAAAAGGCUCUAAAGAAACACAAGGAAAGAAUAGGGCACAGGUAUAUUGAGAUAUUCAAGAGCAGCAAUGCAGAGGUGCGGACGAACUACGAGCCCCCACGCAAAACCAUGGGCGGCAUGCAGAGACCAGGCCCCUACGACCGGCCCGGUGGUGGAGGCGGCCGUGGCUACAACGGCAUGAGCCGAGGAGGCUCUUUCGACAGGAUGCGUCGUGGGGGCUACGGUGGAGGUUCAGAUCGUUAUAGUGACAGUGGUUCAAGUUUUCAGAGUACGACCGGACACUGCGUGCACAUGAGGGGUCUUCCUUACCGGGCCACAGAGACUGACAUCUACAGUUUUUUCUCUCCGCUGAACCCAGUGCGUGUGCACAUCGAGGUCGGUCCAGACGGGAGGGUGACUGGAGAGGCUGACGUGGAGUUUGCGACACAUGAGGAUGCUGUGGCCGCCAUGUCGAAGGAUAAAGCCAACAUGCAGCACCGUUAUGUUGAGUUGUUCCUCAACUCGACAGCAGGGGGCAGCAAUGGUGGCUAUGGUGGACAGAUGAUGGGGGCUAUGGCCAACCAAUCUUCCUAUGGAGGAAGCCAACAGAUGAGUACUGGUUAUACAGGUGGUUACAGCAGCCAGUCCGGCAUGGGGGGGUACAAUGAUUACAGUAAUCAGAGCGGGAUGAGCAGCAGUUACUAUGGCAGCAGUCGUGGCUCCGUGGGCAUGAAUGGCAGCAUGGGAGCGGGAUGGGGCAUGUAGGGGUUCCGGGGGGGGCAGCUGGAAAACUAGGUUCUUCGCUGUUGGCAAAGUAUGUUAUAUUUGUUUUUUUGCAAGUGUUACAGAUUCUGUACAGACUGGAGUGGCUCAACUCUAAUGUAUGAAAGAUGAGGGGAGGGCAUGUUUUUACCCAAGCCUUUCUUAACCUUAACUUAACUCACCGGAGUCAGUAUGCUGUUUUUUAGUUUUUUUUGUAUUGUGAAUCUGAGACCUCAUGGGGUGAUGGAUUUCGGUUCCGCCCUAGUUAUACCUGUAGUUAAAGCCUGAAUGACUGGAUUCUGUGUGAAGCAACGUGUGCUUUUGUAAAUAUGGUAAUCAUGACUGCUCCUCCAAGAAACAUUUUCAGAUCCUUUUUCAUAGUUCCUAUAAACUUGCGUUGAGCCGGAGGGAUUUUUAUAAUGUUAAAGAGCAUGUUGAAAUAGCCUCUUUUUUUUUUUUUUUCAACAGGAUAUUCUUUUUGGUUGACUCAACUGCUAAAUGUUUUAAACCUUGUCAUAGUUGUCUCAUCCCCUCUCACUGUCUUGGUUUUGAUUUUAUUGGGCAUCGUUAAUAAACUUGUUAACAUAU